AUGGUCAACUUUGACAAUAUCUUGAAGUAUCUCGCCGUCCAGGCGCCUUUGAGGGCCUUCUCCGGCGAGGACUUUAACGCUACCAAGAUGGCUGUUCAAGAGUACACCCUGCCGGCAUUGCCAUAUGCUUACAAUGCUUUGGAACCGCACAUUUCAGCCCAGAUCAUGGAGCUGCACCACAGCAAGCACCACCAGGCCUAUGUGACAAACUUGAACAACGCUCUCAGGUUGCACGUUGCUGCUGUUGGCGCAGGCGAUAUUGCCAGUCAGAUCGAGAUGCAGCAGGUCAUCAAGUUCAACGGUGGUGGGCAUAUCAACCACUCGCUGUUCUGGAAGAACCUUGCCCCCGCCGAGAGCGAAGAGACAAAGCCCGAGGCUGCAAAAGAGCUGGUGGCUGCUGUUGAGAAGACCUGGGGCAGUCUGGACGACUUCAAGAACGCUUUCUCUAGCACCUUGCUGGGGAUUCAAGGAAGUGGCUGGGGCUGGCUGGUCAAGGACAGUGCGAAUGGGCUGCGGAUCGUGACCACCAAGGAUCAAGAUCCGGUGGUUGGACGAGAUGUUCCCGUGUUUGGUGUCGAUAUGUGGGAGCAUGCUUACUAUCUUCAGUAUCUCAACGGAAAGGCUGCGUAUGUCGAGAAUAUCUGGAACGUCAUCAACUGGAAGACGGCCGAGGAGCGCUUCUUGGGCACCAGCGAAGCUACAAAAUUGUAA